AGCCCCUCCGUCUCCGCUCCCGGCAGGAGCAGCCGGCAUGCGGGAAGCAGCAGCGAUUCGCUGCGGCCUCUCCCACGGGCUCCCCGCCGCGGCUGGGGCUUUGUGCUGAGCCCUGCCUUACCUGUGUCCUGCUCCCGGCCGUCCUCUGUUCUCCCAGCAGCCCUCCAGGCAAGAUCUGUGCUGUCAAAGGACUGCACGUCCCCCGUAUUGCAGGAAGCUGCGAGCGCCGCUGUCAUCUCAGCAUCGCCGCUGCUCCCCCCGGCAGAGCCCGGCAAGCCAACAGCAGCUGCUCGCCGCCGGCACGUGGGUUGGGUGGCGCUGGCUGCCACACAAGGACCUCGUUCCCUCCUGGACAGUGCUCGGAGCAGGGCUGGGAUGGGCUUGGAUGCUCUCUGUGUCUGCCUCAUCUCCGGGCUUUAAAUAUUCAUGCUUUUGAUUUCCUCUUAGCGGGCAGCGGCGCAGGGGCUGGAGCGAGCUGUGGGGAGGAGGAGGAGGGUGGCCGUGCCGAGCCCAGCAGCAGGGCAGAGGGAGCUGGAGCUGGAUGAAGACAAUGGGUUUUGUUGCUUGAGGACCUCCAGGCUGAGCCCAGAGCGUUCUGAGCUCCCCUCCCUGUGCCAGCAGCUCCGCGGCCCCGUUUCCUCCCGGCUGUGGCGCGUUGCUCUCAGUCUGAACGGAUCUGCACAUCCUUCUGCUGCUGAUCACGACUGAUCAGCUGUGCCAGGCAGCCCCUGGACCUGCUGCCCGGCGUGCCAGGCCCAGCUCUCCCUGCCAGCCAUGUGGGGCUGGCGUGGAUCUGGCACAGAGUUCAGCCAAGGCUUCUGCUUGGGGGCAGCUUCCCGGCGGCUGCAGGCUCUUGGACUCUCUGUGGGGCCCCUGUGAGGCCCAGCUGGCUGCAUCCACCCUACUGCCACAGGGACAGGGCGCCUGUGGCCCUUCUCACCUGCCUCCAGCAUGGAUCUCCUGCAAAAGAGCAAAUACAGCCACCUGAGGAACGAGUCUGUCUCCUCUCCGGAGGAGGCCGUGCCAGGCCUGCUGCCCUCCCCAGUGGAGUCCCUUGCAAGCAUGCAGUCUCUGCCUGAUUCCCUGUCCUCCUCCCUCAGCCACGCUGCACCUCUCGUGGAGCUCUCACCUGACUUGGAGGAGAGCCCUACCACCCUCUGCUCCUUCUUCCCCAAAAUGGCCAACCUGAAGCUCUCCAAUCCCGCCAACUUGCUCAGCUUGCGGGGCUCUGCAGCCAGCAGCAGCCCAGGGGAGCCUGGUGCCCCUGGGAUGGCAGCACUAGUGCCAGGGGGUGGUGCCAGCUCCGGCUCAGGGAGACCUGUCACUGUCUGUUCCCAGGAUAUGAACAAGCUGAGCUGUGGGAAGAAGACGCGGGUGGAAGGCGGCCAGCUGGGGGGUGAUGAGUGGACCCGCCACGGCAGCUUUGUCAACAAACCCACCCGCGGCUGGCUGCACCCAGAUGACAAAGUCAUGGGCUCUGGGGUCUCCUACCAUGUCCGGUACAUGGGCUGUGUGGAAGUGCUCCAGUCCAUGAGGGCUCUGGAUUUCAACACCAGGACACAGGUGACCAGGGAGGCCAUUGGGCUGGUAUGUGAGGCUGUGCCUGGUGCCAAGGGAGCCGUGAGGAGGAGGAAGCCCUGCAGCCGCUCCCUGAACUCCAUCCUGGGCAAGAGCAACCUGAAGUUUGCAGGCAUGCCCAUCACCCUGACCAUCUCCACCAGCAGCCUCAACCUCAUGGCCUCAGACUGCAAGCAGAUCAUCGCCAACCACCACAUGCAGUCGAUUUCCUUCGCAUCAGGGGGAGACCCGGACACAGCUGAAUACGUUGCCUACGUUGCCAAAGACCCCGUCAAUCAGAGAGCCUGCCAUAUCCUGGAGUGUCCUGAGGGCUUGGCCCAGGAUGUGAUCAGCACCAUCGGGCAGGCCUUCGAGCUGCGCUUCAAGCAGUACCUGAAGAACCCUCCAAAGCUGGUGACCCCCCAUGACAGGAUGGCAGGGUUUGAUGGCUCUGCCUGGGAUGAAGAAGAGGAGGAACCAGCCCCAGAUCACCAGUACUACAACGACUUCCCUGGCAAGGAGCCUCCCAUUGGGGGGGUCGUGGACAUGCGGCUGCAGGAUGGGGCAGCUCAGACCCCAAAUCACUUGGGUGCCACACUGCCUGUUGGCCAAUCCGGUGGGGAGUUUGACCCCCAGAAGCAGCACACUCCUGCCCAAGCAGGGAGAGAGAAGUACCCAGCUCCAGCAGGCACAGCUGGGCGCCCAGACCUCUUUGAUGACCCGUCCUACGUCAACGUGCAGAACAUAGACAAGACAAGACAAGCUCCAGCUGCCAGCACCCCUGCCACAGCCAACGGCAGCACUCAGAGGGACCUCUUUGACAUGAAGCCCUUUGAAGAUGCCCUGCGUGUGCCCCCCUCUGUGCCUGUGGGGCUGCCCCCUGCCCAGGUUGUGGCCUCCAUGGAGGAGCAGCUGAGGAGGGAGCCCUGGUACCACGGCAAAAUGAGCCGCAAGGAGGCCGAGAAGCUGCUCAAGGUCAACGGGGACUUCCUGGUGAGGGAGAGCACCACCACCCCGGGCCAGUAUGUGCUGACUGGCCUGCAGGGUGGGCAGCCCAAGCAUCUGCUGCUCGUGGAUCCCGAGGGAGUGGUGAGGACAAAAGAUCAUCGCUUUGAGAGCGUCAGCCACCUCAUCAGCUACCACAUGGACAAUCACCUGCCCAUCAUCUCAGCCGGCAGUGAGAUGUGCCUGCAGCAGCCCGUGGAGAGGAGGCUGUGAGCGCCCAGGGCACCCCAACGCGCAGCCUGCGCCCUGUUCCGUGCCCCAGGGAGCCCUCAGACUCCCCAGGUGCUCCACCGGGACUGAGCAUGGACUUGCCUGAGGACAGGGCCUCUCUCCUUUCACCACGUGGAGCUGGUGGCCAUGGGGGGCUCAGGCUGUGAGUGCCUGCAGGGUAGGGAAUUGUUCCAGCCUUUGCAGAGCAGCUCAGCUCCUACCAAAACCCAGCCCGUUCUUGUGCUCACCAGCACGAGCUCAGGACUGGCAGGGCUGAGCCCCCCUGAGCCAGAGGCAGCCUGUCCUUAUCUCUGGCCCCUGGGCCAAGGAGGGGGCCCGUGGGGGGCUCUGCUCCCCCAAGCACGAGGCCCUCGACUGUACCGGAUCACUUUACGUGUUAACUCUGUGCCUUGACCCCGCAGGUCCCACACUCUUAUGCAAGGGCAGGGGCUGGUUACAGAGCCUCCCCCGUGCUCCCAGCACCCUGUACCCCCUCCGUGACAUGCUUGUGCUCCAGGACACGUUGCCACCAUGUCCCCUUCCCUCCCUGCCCGUGCCGGCUGGGCAAGGGCAGCUCCGGGCAGCCCCGGGGGGUUGGCGGGAGGACCCCCCUGCAUGCACAGUGUAACUCCCCCAAGCCAAAGCGCAGCCUCGCAGCCCCUGCCCCGCUAUACCAAAGGAACUGGCGGUUGUAUUAAAGUUGGUAUUUCUCUA